AUGGCAACAAAAGAGGAACUUUACGAUCAGGCUUUAACACAUUUCGGGAACAACGAACUUGAGACAGCGGUCACUGCGUUCAAUAUGCUCGUCGAACAAUACCCCAAUGAUGUGGACGGACAUAUUGGGCUUGGACACGCAUACGAGCGGAUGGGCAGAUAUGAUGAUGCGAUUGAAGCAAUCAAAAAAGCAAUUGAGGUUGACCCGAAUGAUCCACUUAAUUACACCAGUUUAUCGAUGUGUUACCAGCGCAAAGGAAUGAUUCAGGAAGCGGAAGACGCAAUGGCAAAAUCGCACCAGUUGCAGACGGGAACAUAA